AUGCUCUCUACGGUCAUCAAAAGCUGCCCGUCGGCAGACAACGACUUCCAGCCCCUUAGCGAAUAUCAGGCUCAGACGCCCGAGACCUUCUAUGGGGAGAAGCCGGUUCUCUACUUUCACGAUGCCAACGUCAAGGCCUGGUGCUCGAUAGAGCAGUCCACAGAGCUGCAAUUCUUCGCCGCGGAGGGCAGCGACCAGCCUGGAGAGCCAACCUCGCCGGAAAACACUGCGUUGGAGAACACCGGCAAGCACCUGCGCGAAGCAAGAGUCGAGGUCUUCGUCGCAUCUCACAAACUCAUCAUAUUCUCUCACAAGAAUGAGACGGGCAUCGAGAUUCCGUACCCUGCAAUCUCAUUACAUGCCGUCAAGAACUUCAAGCAUCUAGAGCACCCUGAUGACCCCAUAUACAAGUUCAUCGGCGUCUACAUGCAGCUGGAGUUCUCCGAUGGAGGCGACGACGAUGAUUCGUAUGACCCCAUCGAGCUCACACUGGUGCCCAGCGCCCCUGCCACGACGGAGCCUGCGACGGUAGACCCGCUGAAUGCGGAGCGGGCCUCUGCACUGUUCAACCAGAUCUCUGCUUGCCAGAACUUGCAUCCCGAUCCCGCGGAUGAGGACGAGGACGAGGAGGAAGAUGGUACAGACCGCAUAAUCUUCGAGGGCGAGGCUCUUGAGGGUUUGCCCGGCGCUUUCCAGGGCGAGGCGAAUGGCGGUCUACCUCCCCCCAUGCCAGGCAGCUCGGGAUGGAUUACCGCGGACAAUGUACACGAGUAUUUCGAUGCCGAUGGCAACUGGAUUGGUGAAGAUGGCGUCAGCGGCGAAUUGGGCGAAGGCGCUGGCCGAGUUCGAGGCAGAGAUGAGGUUGAAGGUGAAGGAGAGGGUGUGAACGGCAAAGAGGCUGACGGCGAUGCUGAAAUCAAGCGUCCUCGCACAGAAUAG